AUAGCAACAGAGCAGUGAACAUCGCAAAUUCGCGCAAAGCUUCAGUGCAUUAUCAAGCAGAAUUGUGUUAAUAUCUCGAUAACGUUAUCAAAUUAAAUAACUGCAAAAUGUCUUUGGGACCGUUGCUGUUCUCUGACUGGUGGGAGGAUCUGGAACGCCCGCAUCGUCUUAUGGAUCAGAAUUUCGGUUUGGGUCUCCAACCUGAACAAUUGUUAACGCCAAGCCGGCUGGAAUUAUACGUGCAACCACGAAGAAAACCUUCUUCGUACUACAGACCAUGGGCUGAUUGGCUUCGCACGAGUGAAGCAGGAGCUUCGACCGUCAAGGCAGACAAAGACAAGUUCCAGGUUGUGCUCGAUGUCCAGCAGUUCGAGCCAGACGAAAUUGACGUCAAGGUUGUUGACAAUUUAGUCGUCGUUACGGCAAAUCACGAAGAGAAACGCGACGAACAUGGCUGGAUCUCGCGUAAAUUUGUCAGGAAAUAUACGAUUCCUGAACAAUGCGACAUCGAUCAAGUUGCGUCGAAGCUAUCCUCUGAUGGUGUGCUUACUAUCAUUGCUCCGAGGAAGGAUCAGCCGAAAGUUGAAAAUGAGAGAGUAAUUAAAAUCGAGCAUACAUGUAAACCGGCGCUUCAGACAAAGCCGGCGAAGCAACAGCAGCCACAAAACAAGGAGGAAGAAGAGAAGAAAUGAAGUGGUUCCUUGAAUAUUCUACCAUUCAUUCUAUUCCUAUAUAAACAUAAUUACUGUUCAUUGUUAGUGUUCAUUUUCUAUCAGCAUUUCUCAUUAUCAAAAUCGAUCGAAGUUAGGCUCGAAGAUUGCAAGUCAUCCCCUUUAUGUUAAAACCAUGAACCUUAUGUCUACACAUUCGUGUAUCAAGCGAAGUAUAGGUAUCAUUAACUUUAUGCUUGUAACAUAAAGGGUAGGAGAAGGAAGGAAGCGAUAGAUGAUAGAUCGUAAAACUAAAUGAUAGUGUUUUUAUUUUAUGCAUUUAUUUCAAUAAAAUUGUGAAUGUGUGUACGCUCACUAUCUGCCAGUAUUUAAGACUUGUACUUUUUUUCUAUUUUAAAUAAUGUAUAAAUAAGUAAAUAAACUACGCAGUUAAUUACCUUUCUUUGAA